AUGCGCACUUCAUUCUCCUCCGUCCUGGCCCUCGCCGCCGCUCUCCCUACCGCCUUCGCCCAUUACAACUUCGAGGCCCUCAUCGUCAACGGCGAGGUUUCUGAGCCUUACCAGUACGUCCGCAAGACUACCAACAACAACAGCCCCAUCACCGAUGUCACCUCCAAGGACAUCGUCUGCAACGCAGGCGGUCUCGACAAGGACAUCCGCGCCGCCACCAAGACCAUGAAGGUCUCCCCCGGUGACGAGGUCGGUUUCACCGUCGCUUCCGAGAUGGGCCACCCCGGUCCUCUCUCCGUCUACCUCUCCAAGGCCCCCGACGGCACUGAGGCUUCCGACUACCUCGGUGACGGCGACUGGUUCAAGGUCUACGAGAUGACCUGGAAGAAGAUUGGCGCUGAGGGUGUUGAGUGGGCCAACUACAUGAACGGCCAGUCAGGCGGUAUCCAGAACUUCACCUUCACUCUGCCCAAGGAUACCCCCAAGGGUACUUACCUCAUGCGCGCCGAGCACAUUGGUCUCCACGGUGCUGGCGAGAAGAACGGUGCUCAGUUCUACAUUGGCUGUGCCCAGAUCACCGUUGACGGUACCGGUGCUGGCAAGCCUUCUCCCAUGGUCAAGCUCCCCGGGGCUUUCAAGGCCACCGACCCCAGCCUUCUCCUCAGCAUCUACUACCCUCCCGUGACCAAGUACGAUGCUCCUGGUCCCAAGACCUGGCCCAACGCCUGCACUGACCACACCCCCAACUUCGCUGGUCAGGCUUCCGACGGUGACUGCACUGGUGAUAAGAAGUCUGGCUCUGACUCUGGCUCUGCUGCUCCCGUUGCCAGCGAUGCUCCUGCUUCUGAGGCUCCCGCCGCCACUUCUGCUCCUGCUGCUACCCCCACCGCUGCCGCUGUCACCACCUCUGCUGCCGCUGCUCCUGUCGCUACCAAGACUCCUUCCAAGUCUUGCAAGGCCAAGCGCGCUGCCAAGAAGGCUCUCAAGGCUAAGCGUGCCCUCAAGAACUAA